CCAAAAUCUGUCGAAGAAACGUAAGCUUUUACCUUUCAUCCGUUCAAAUUUUCAAUUGCAAAUUGAAAAAUAAUUUGGGUACCUCUUCCGCCGCCAAAAUCUGCCGAAGAAACGGAAGGUCAAAUAGUAAUUGACGAAGCUGUAUCAUGAGGCUUUAUCUGGUGUAAUUGACAACAAGCUCCGACAAACCCUCGCUGCAAGCCAAACACUCUUUCUGUCUCUCUCAAAGCCAGCCGCCAUCUCUGUCUCUCUCAGAUCAGCACAUGGCGAGCCGUGUUUCUACGCCUGCAAUUCUGCUUCAAAUGAUGGAGGAUGUGCUCCAAAAUCAUCAUCUUGACUUGGUGUCUGUAAUUUUGAUAUAUCUAUCCAACAAGAGACAAGGUCGACGGAUUGGACAGAGAAACAUACGGGCGGCAUAUGGACAUCUUAUGAGGAUCCCUGAGCAGGUCAGACGCAAGAAUCGGCUGUUUGGGGUGACUGAUGUGUCAUGUUUGGAUAAUCUUCGUAUGGAUAGAAAUGCCUUCGGUAGAUUAUGCCAAAUUAUUAAGCAAUCAGGGGAUUUAGUGGAUGGAAGAUUUGUGACUGUCGAGGAACAAGUCGCCAUGUUCUUGGGGAUUCUUGCACACCACAAGAAGAAUCGUGUCGUACGGUUCGAUUUCUGGAGGUCUUCAUACACAGUGUCACGCUAUGUACACCGUGUAUUACGAGCCAUUCUCCGCUUGCAGGGCGUACUAAUGGUCCACCCAAUACCCAUUCCGAAUGACUGCGACGACAAUAGAUGGAAGUGGUUUAAGGGCUGUCUAGGGGCACUAGAUGGGACCUACAUCAAUGUUCAAGUAGCAAAUGAUGCGAAGCCAAGAUACCGUUCGAGGAAAGGACAAAUUUGCACAAACACAUUAGCAGUGUGCGAUCACUAUCUGAACUUUGUAUAUGUGCUACCGGGGUGGGAAGGGUCUGCAGGUGAUGCUCGAGUGCUACGUGAUGCUAUGAACAGGGUUAAUGGACUAAGGGUCCCUCAAGGGAAUUACUAUUUAUGCGAUAACGGUUAUGCAAAUUCUGAGGGAUUUCUUACCCCUUACAAAGGUGUGCGUUAUCAUUUGAAGGAAUGGGGACCCGGAACUGAGGCUCCACAAAAUCCUCGUGAAUUGUUCAAUUUGCGUCACACACGUGCACGUAAUGUUAUAGAACGUGCUUUUGCAGUGAUCAAGAUGCGGUGGGGCAUUCUCAGAAGUGCAUCAUAUUACCCUGUGAAGACUCAAAUUAGACUAAUUAUGGCAUGCUUUUUAUUACAUAACUAUGUUAGAUCCGCCAUGCCUGACGAUCCUAUUGAAUUGGAGAUGAAUGGAGGGGAUGGGGCUGAAAUUAUAGAUGAAGGUGUUAACACUGAAUUCGUUGAUGGAGUUGAACCAUCAACAGAAUGGAAUGUGAUGCGGGACACUUUGGCUGAAUCAAUGUGGAAUACGUACCAAGAGCACGGCUACUGAGAUUGAGAAGCUGAUUUAUGGAGAUCAAUGAAUGCAAAAAAUGUACUUGGAUUGGAAUCGUCGAAGCAUUGAUACUUCUGUUAUUUUUGCAAAGUUUGUUUUGUACUAGUCAAGCAAAAGCACUUUAGCAUAAUGCAGACUCUAGUGUUUAACUAAAGUGUAUGCUUAGAUUAUCUUAACUUCCAAACGGAGACAUAAAUUAAGCUUUGUAUUUUGUAGGUGCAAUUUCUCUUUUGGGUUAUAAAUAUUUGUUUUGAAUUGGAUA